UCAAAUUUGGCUCAAAAUUUGCAGUCAAGCUCAGCUCUUUGAGUCAAGCUCUUUGAAAAAAGCGAUAAUACAGGCUUACAGCCUACAAAAUCACUGUAUAUUUCGAGCCGUUGUAGAGGGAAAACAUGUCCGAUUUGGCUGACAAGAUCAGAUUAUCAGUCUAUAUAUGUGUGUAAAUUUGUGUAUUGAUAGGGUCAAAAGUGCCUGUCUUCUGUCCAUUUAGGUUUGAUAAAUAGAAUUAAUUGAAAACAGUUAAUUUGUCACUGUAGAGCCUACUGAAGACUUAUUUGGCUCAUUCUUGGCUGAUGUGCUUAAAAUGUUAUUGCUAAUGAGUGUUUUUGAUAUUUUUGACAUGCCGCAAACAUUGACAGAGUUGUGGCCAAAUAACUCUGAAAAGGCUUUCACGUACAUGUUUGACAUGUACAUGUUGGGGCCACAAAAAGUUAAAAUGGCAACAUUUUUUUGAUAAUUAUUUACCUACAUGGUCUCAAGAUUGCAUCAAGAUCAAAGUUGAUAUGAUUGGUUGAAUAUCCAGGGACUAGUUCGAAAAGUGUGAUUUUUACUCUACUGGCCACUGAUGCAAAACAAUACAUUUUUGGUAAAGACAUGUAAUUACAAAGUUGUAAAGGUUACAGCAAAGCAUACAACUAAAAAAGAAUCCUAUGCCUGGGCCACACGUACAUUUAGAUAUAACUGAUUUUCUGCUAUAGCGCCCCCUAGAGGCCAAUCAACACCAUAUUUUAAAGGAUGAUAGAAGGCCCUCAUAUACAUGUACAGUAUAAGUGUCGUCCUGAUUGGUGAUUGUUUAGCUUGUCAAAAGCUUGCUGGAAACUGAUUGGCUAAUAGCGACCACAAAAAUUUACAUAUCAAAUUUUCCUUCAGUAGACCAAUAGGACAUAGGCCACAGAUGAUACAUGUCAAACGAGAGCUUGAUAGCUUGUACGGUUCCUGAGAAACAGAUUUUUAGCUUUGGCUCCGCCCCCUGGGGGCGUACAUCUACAAAGAUUGACAGGCUACCUCAGAAUCAUGUUAGGAUCAAAGGUCUAAAGCAGCAUUAGUGUCAAUUUAAGCAUUCAAAAGUUACAGCUGUUAGAGUGAAUUUUGGUGUGCCACGGGAAGAUUAAUUUGCAUAUGGCGGCCAUAUUGUUUACAAAUUUCAAGAUUUUUAAAAUAAUUAUUGAGGUUGGGAUUGUGGUGAGUUAGCAAAAAACCUUUUUGAUUUUCCAUUAACCAAGGCAUCAUAUAACUAAAGAUUUUUUGCUUUAGCUGUCAGGGCGUGGGAGUUACGAGGCCUAACGCAUUGACCUUCGUCAUAGCGCCCCCUUGAGGCCGAUCGGGCUCAUCUUUGAAUCUGAGUAGCGCUUCCAGUGAGACCAGAACAGAAUCAAGACCGUCUGAACAGUGGGCAGUCCUUAUAAAGGCACUAAACAGAUGUCAGUCUGAUUAUUGCAAGUGGCAAAAGGUGGCCUCCCUCUAGUGGAUGGAGUACCACCAGCACCCCCUCACACUAUGGAUAAAGGAAUGAAAAUGUUCUCCUGAAGUUCAUCACCAACAACCAGGAUAUUUAAAUAAGAGCAGUGUUAAACUGCUGAAAGAGGUGAAGCAGAAGCCAUCAGGAAGAAUCUCCAGAACACUCAGAAAUUGUUUGCUACAUUUAACAGACAAAUGAAGCCAAGUUCCAACAUGGAGAAACAUCAGCACUCUGUCAAGAGUUUUACUAAACAGAGUAAUCUCAAAAAACACCAGCACAUUCACACAGGAGAGAAACCGUAUUACUGCUCAGACUGUGGGAAGAGUUUUACUAAACAAAGUACUCUCAAAAUACACCAGCGCAUUCACACAGGAGAGAAACCGUAUCACUGCUCAGACUGUGGGAGGAGUUUUACUAAACAAAGUACUCUCAAAAUACACCGGCGCAUUCACACAGGAGAAAAACCGCAUCACUGUUCAGACUGUGGGAAGAGUUUUACUACACAGAGUAAACUCAAAAAUCACCAGCGCAUUCACACAGGAGAAAAACCGCAUCACUGUUCAGACUGUGGGAAGAGUUUUACUACACAGAGUAAUCUCAAAAACCACCAGCGCAUUCACACAGGAGAGAAACCAUAUUACUGCUCGGACUGUGGGAAGAAUUUUACUACACUGCGUGAACUCAAAAUACACCAGAGCAUUCACACAGGAGAGAAACUGUAUCACUGCUCGGACUGUGGAAAGGGUUUUAAUCGACAGAGUGAUCUCAAAAUACACCAGCAUGUUCACACAGGAGAGAAACCGUACCACUGCUCAGACUGUGGGAAGAGUUUUACUACACAGAGUUAUUUCAAAAAGCACCAGCAAAUUCACACAGGAGAAAAACCGUAUCAAUGCUCAGACUGUGGGAAGAGUUUUAUUAUAAAGAGUCAUCUCAAAAUACACCAGCGCAUUCACACCGGAGAGAAACCGUAUCACUGCUCAGACUGUGGGAAGAGUUUUACUAUAAAGGGUAAUCUCAAAAAACACCAACGCAAUCACACAGGAGAGAAACUGUAUCACUGCUCAGACUGUGGCAAGUCUUUUACUACACUGGGUGAUCUCAAAUAUCACCAACGCAUUCACCCAGGAGAGAAACCGUAUUACUGCUCAGACUGUGGGAAGAGUUUUACUCAAAGGGGGAGUAAACUAGAAAAACACCAGUGGGUCACUGCUGUUCCCCGGCGCCUUGCACCGAAGCCCAGUAUCCGCGGUUCGGAGAUGCUUGAAGCUGCGAGGCUUCUAAACAAGACUGAGGCAGGAGGGUCAGUAGUUGUAGCCCUGCCACCUGAUAAUUUACACGUGUUUGUAUGCUGGUGAAUUAGAAAAAGAUAAGUGAAUCAGCAGUAGAGAGCGCUGAUCUUCCCAAAAACUGAAUCACAAAAUGUCACUUUGCUAUUGAUAUUUCCAUUUUGUGUUUUCAUUUUAAAUCUGUCAGACGCUCUGAGACCGAUGCCAUUGCAAGACUACGAGAGAUCCAACAUGGCGGCGUCACGCUGCUGAAAGAAAACUAAUAAAAAUACCUCCUCUAUUUAACCCUUGAUAACCCUGGAUAACACCAGCUUUCUAACACAAAAUUUGUUGGUAGUCUUUAGACUUCAUAAUGCCAUGCAAGCAGUCCAGGGCCAGAGGCAGCAAAGCAACCCCAAAACAUCAGGGAACCUCCGCCAUGUUUGACUGAAGGGACCGUGUUCUUUUCUUUGAAGGCCUUGUUUUUUCCCUGUAAGCUUUAAGUUGAUGCCUUUUCCCAAAAAGCUCUAGUUUUGUCUCAUCUGACCAGAGAACAUUCUUCCAAAACGUUUUGGCUUUCUCAGGUACGUUUUGGCAAACUCCAGCCUGCCUUUUUUUAUGUCUCUGGGUCAGAAGUGGGGUCUUCCUGGGUACUCCUACCAUGGAGUCCCUUUCAUUCAGACACCAACAGAUAGUACGGGUUGACACUGUUGUACCCUCGGACUGCAGGGCAGCUUGAACUUGUUUGGAUGUUAGUCGAGGUUCUUUAUCCACCAUCCACACAAUCUUUCGUUGAAAUCUCUCGUCAAUUUUUCUUUUCGCCACAGUGCCAUGGGCUUUAAACUUCUUGAUGACACUGCGCAUGGUAGACACAUGAACAUUCAGGUCUUUGGAGAUGGACUUGUAGCCUUGAGAUUGCCUAUGCUUCCUCACAAUUUUGCUGCUCAAGUCCUCAGGCAGUUCUUUGGUCUUCUUUCUUUUCUCCAUGCUCAAUGUGGUACAGACAAAAAAAGAGGUUGAGUCAACUUUAAAAAUUAAUGGCUGCAAGUCUGAUUUAGUUAUUGUCACCACCUGUUAUGUGCCAUAAUUAAGUAGGAGGUGCUGUUAAUUACACAAAUUAGAGAAGCAUCACAUGAUUUUUCAAUACUUUUGUCCACCCCCUUUUUUAUGUUUGGUGUGGAAUUAUAUCCAAUUUGGCUUUUUGACAACAUAAUUUAGUAAUCUGUCCCCUAACUUAAAUGUAAUGUGUCUUUUUUUUAAUAAACUAUCUGUGCACUUU